UGCUACGAUGAAACCUCGUAAUAAUCUUCCACCCUGAAGCAAUUCUCAAAGGAAACCAGGUGAUUGCUAAUUUUAAACCGUAACAGGUUUUUUUUUUUUUUUUGAACUCCCUAGCAAGAAAACAAACAGAAGGGCAACAAAGAGCCCAGAAAAAGAGAGAAGUGAAAGAGCUGAUGUGAUGGAAUUUAUCUUAUGAUUUAUUUAAUCUUGUACUAUUUAUAUCUGACAGAUUGAGAUAUGAGGGAGAUUUUAUCUGAUGGGAGAUCACCUCAAAUCCUGUUUUUCUCCCUCUCUCUUCUCUGUUUCUCUCUUCUUUCCUCUUGAAAAAAACUAGUUUGAGGGACAAAAUACCUGCACAAUUUCUCACGCACGCACGCAUUCCUUCGCACAUCUCUCAGCCAGCCCGGCCAGUCCAUGGAUACCAUAAGCGCCACUGCAGCAGAGCACAGCAGAGCAGAGCAGAGCACAGGAAGGCAGAGGAGAGAGAACACGGGGAGGAGGGAGAGGAUUCUUUGUUUCUCUCGGGCGAGAGGGAGGGAGAGGUUUCCAGGAUAUCAUCCACGGAUACCUCAUCCCUAGCUCGCCCUCGCCUGACACCACCUGAUUCGUCGUAUCCCAAUUAAUUCACAAGGCCCCCAAUAUAAACAGGUCCCACAGGGGCCGGACUUGGACCCCCACUCCUCUUCUUCCCCUGUUCCUAUUUUUUCCCCUUAACUCACUCCACUGGUUAGCAAGAGGAACUCUUCUUUUGUUUGCUACUGAGAGCGUUUGAUAUCCCCUGGGCUGGUACUGGUGACGCUUCUAUUCUUUGUUCUUGCCGUAGGGUUUGCAUUAAAACUUGACAAGCCUCCUCUGCUGCCUUCUGUAGCGUAGCGUUUAUGUGUCUGGCUCGAUAGUUAUUUCUCCUUCGCUUCUGCUUCUGGGUUUCCAUUUGGUUGUUGAAGUUUCACGCUCCAUAACUUACUGCUUGGCUUUCCUUUGUUCUCAUUCGGACUUCGUGAAAUAUUAGUAGGUUGUUUGAAGCAAUCGCAUUAAAUAACGUACUGUUUGGCUUUGUUUCUCUCAUUCGGGCUUCGAGAAAUACUUGUAAAGAUCUCUCUCUCUCUUCUCACCUUUUCUUUGAAGUAAAACGGUGGAGAAGGCCACCACUGUAGAGGUCUCUCUUCUUAGUUCCUUCUACUGCUGCUAUAAUUUUCUACGAAGGGUUGCCCUCCACUAUCCGAGCGUGUUUGCGAGGGCUGUUUCUAAAAUAUUGCAUAUAGGGUUUGAAAAAAAUACAUAGAAAGUAGACGAAGAAAUGGUUGCUUGGUACAAUGUGUGAACCUUCUUCCCGUUGCUUUUGUUUCAGUUCUCUCUGUCUUCUUCAACCGGGUUUCGAUGGAGAGGUACGGCCACCACUUCGACAGCAGCGAAGCUCACUUCCCUCCGGGUUUUCGGUUCCAUCCCACCGACGAGGAGCUCAUUACUUACUACCUUCUCAAGAAGGUCCUCGACAGCAGCUUCACCGGCCGAGCGAUUGCUGAGAUCGACCUCAACAAGUGCGAGCCGUGGGAGCUUCCAGAGAAGGCAAAGAUGGGGGAGAAGGAGUGGUACUUCUUUAGUCUUCGGGACCGGAAGUACCCGACGGGGCUUCGAACGAAUAGGGCUACUGAUGCCGGGUACUGGAAGGCAACCGGCAAGGAUAGAGAGAUCUACAGCUCGAGGACUCAUUCUCUGGUUGGGAUGAAGAAGACUCUGGUGUUUUACAAGGGGAGGGCUCCCAAGGGGCAGAAGAGUAACUGGGUAAUGCAUGAAUACAGGUUGGAAGGCAAGUUUGCCUACCACUUCCUCUCUAGAUCCUCCAAGGACGAGUGGGUGAUAUCGAGGGUCUUCCAGAAGAGCGGCGGCGGCAGGAAGGCCCGCGUCGGUCUCACCGGACCCCACUUCUCCGACUCCGCCGGCGGGUCCACAUCCGCCGCCUCCCUCCCGCCUUUCCUCGACUCCUCGCCUUACGGCGCUGCUGCUGCCGCCGCCGCCGCAGGCGACAGGGAGAGCUGCUCCUACGAGAGCAGCGAGAGGGAGCCCGUGCCCUGCUUCUCCACCGUCGCCGCCGCCGCCGCCGCCGGCCUCAGCCACCACCACAACCACCUGCCGCCCCCACACGCGCUGAACUACUGCCGGGGCCCCGCUGGCGGCGGUGCUGGGUCGGUUUUCCCCAGCCUCCGCUCGCUCCAAGAGAGCCUCCAUCUGCCGUUCUUUCUCUCCACGCUGGCUUCGCCCACAGGCGGCGCUGCGGCGGCGAUGGCCUGCGACGCCGCGGUGCACCACCGUGGGGAGGAGACGGGUGGUGACGGCUGGCCGUCGGUUCUGGAUCGGAAGGCUGAGGUGGCUGGGAAGGCGCAUCCGAUGGCGGUGGGCCCCGCCGAGCUGGACUGCCUGUGGACCUUCUAAAAUCGGUUCUAAAAUCUUCGAUGGAAAUGCCCCUAGCCUUUCGUUGUAAUGACUUAAUUAUAAGUUUUAGUAGGCUGCUAUCAUGAAA